GUUUCUUUUCACUUCAGUGAGACUGUUUGAACGCAAAGUUGAUUGUUUUUAAAAGUUUUUAUGCAAUAACCCUAUUAAUUAUGAACUGGAUCGGCGGAGCACGACACCGGGUAUCUUGCCAUGGUGAAAAAAAAUUGCAAAAGGAAUAUUUUGAAAGAAAAAGACGCACAGAUGGAAUUUAUACCAACAACCAUGGUAAAAUUAAUCAACCACAAAACUUCAGUCAAGAUUUAGCAGCUUUGAGAACUGUUAACAGAGCAUUUAUUCAUCCUGAGAAUGGAGAUAUGAAAAAUGUGAGGAAGGUGGAUUUAAAAGGUUAUAGAUCAACUGUAAUAUGUCCAAAUAAACUAGAAGAAGUGGACUUACCUCACUCACCAAAUACAACACCUUCUAAACUUAUGUUAAAUGUAGCUACUGAUGAUCAACAUACACCUCAAAAGCUAAACAAUUUUAUCAAACAGCAUAGAAGCAAAGAUGAAGAAAAGAACUCUUUGUUUUCUUAUCAUGUUAAUCAGUGUGAUAUUCCCUGCAAGAAAAGACCACAAAGUAAAUUGACAGAUUUCAGUUCCUUGAAGUCAUCCUCUAAAAACCAACAGGAUGUUCCAAAAGAAAUUAGUUCACAUGUAAAUAGUAAACAAGAUGAGAAACUAAGAUAUAUGUGGGCACCAGAAGAUUUUCAGACAGAAUCUUUAAACAAAUAUGAUAUAGAUCAACAUCUACAAACACCCAUAAGCUAUCACACAAAUCUUUCAGUGAAUGAAGGACUUACCAAACCACUGAUUAUGGUUCCACAAAAUCUGUUGUCUGGUAAUUCCUGUUUCAGUGAUCCAGAAUUUAGUACAAGUAGAUUAAACCCUCUUAAACCAAAUGAUUCUUUUCUUGAUGAUCAGAUAUGCAUGUAUAAGACACCAAAUAAAUUACCAGACAAAACAUUGUUCUAUCAUGCUCCUAGAAAAUCUCCUUCCACACGAAAAACACAUUAUAUAAGUCCAAGCCAGAAGACAAAACAGGUGAAUGGUCAAUUUUCUAUUUAUGAUGCUGACAGCGAGAGCACUCCCAUGAAAAGACUUUAUUCUACUUCUUCCAAGCAUACUAACAAUAUUCAAGAAAUAAAGCAGAAUUUUGAAAACCAACAAAAAUUGUUAAAUUUUAGCCAAUCAGAUUUCAAAUUUCAAGCAAGAAACUCUGCUACAUUCAAUGGCACAAAUAUCUCAUGGCCAUUGAACUCUGAAUUAAGUUCUGCUAAAGCUACAUAUACACAAGAGGAACUAAAUAGUAGAAAACAGACUAAAAACAACCCCAUUCCACACAAUUUUAAAUUGGCAAAGAAAUCUAUUUCAUUUGCUUCUAAUCUGUCUGAUACAGAUUGUUCAACAACUAAACAUUACACAAAGGAACAAGAUAUUUUCAGGCUGGAAACUCCAAUGUCAUCUACACCAUCACCCUUUGAUCUGUUGAGUGAUGAUAGUGAACGCGAAGAGUGCACAACUAAUAUAUUCAAUAUAAAAGAAGAUAUGGUAAAGAAAACAGCUUUACAAGAUAAACCUACAGAAAUGGAUGAAGUAUUAGCUGAACUAAGCCAGUUAGAACAUGAAAGUGAUAAAGAAGCCAACCAUUCCAGUAACAAGGACUGUACGAAGGGUAUUGUCAAAGAUCUGGAAAAUUACAUACAGAGAAAGCAAGAAUCUUCAUCUUUACAGCCAUGUAUAACAAAGAGAGAAGAUAUGGCGUUAGAUCUAGCUCCAGUGAUCUCAUCUGAUACUGAGAGAGAAACUACUAUUAAAGAGAUCCUUGAAACAAUAGUUCAUAGUGUGGUGAUUACAGAAAACCACAGAAAUGAUUAUCCUCCAUUUAAUCAUGUUUCAUCAGACCAGAAAAGACUAUCUAGCCUUGAAAAUACUUCAGUAAACAAGAACUUAUCACACACCAUCACAGCAGCUGUCAUUAACAAAUUUACAAUUUUCAACAGAGCAUGCAGUGGAGAAACAACAUUAAAGGACAGAAAUGAGAUAUUUGGUAAAUAUCUAGACAUGAACUCUGAAGACAAUAAAGAAUCUGUUGAAAGUUUGACAAAUAAAGAAAUAUCAGCAAGUAGUUUUGUGCGAUCUACUUCUACUCAAACAACAUUUCAACCAAUGACUAAAGAUAUAUCCCUUUCUCCAAUAUUAAUACCUAGUGGUAGAAUCAUGGAAGAUGUUGCUGUUCAAUGGGAGCCUCCAGAAUUAGAUUUUGAUAGUGUACGUGUUUUUCAAACUGGUUGUUUUGAGGUCUCCUUAGAAGAAUCUAAAGAAUAUUCUCCUAAACUAAAAGAUACCAUAUCUGAAGGUGUAGAGAAGUUUUCUAGUGAAUUAAUAUUUUCUUCACAAGAAUCUUUUAUCCAGUGUUCCCCAAAUGUUCCUUAUUCUAAUUCCUACGCCUUACGAUCACGUCAAAAAUGUUAGUGUAAUAAUGAACCAGAAUAGAUUAAUUUACUAAAAGUUACUUAUUAGUAAAUACAUCCAUUUUUGUGACUGUUAAAGAUGGGUUCCCGCGUACAAACUGGGUGAUUUAAUGGUAUAUUCAAACUAAUUAAUUUGUCAUAACUUUGCUUCAAAUCCUUCUCAAACAUUGUAAUUGCAAAGGAAUGUCCUGCUAUUGAAAUUCGGUCAAACCAGGUCAUGUUUAGGUCACGUGACUUACCGCUCUUGGAAGUCAGAGGAGAAUUCAUUGCAUACAUAAGACGAUUUUGUCUUUAAUCGCUUACUAUUUAUUACAAAUAUCGAAUCCUAAUUAAAUUCUAGGAUUAUCCACUACCCGCAUCUUUUUCCGUCAUUUUUAUCUCAGAAAGUGUUGUACGUCUAACUCUUCAUAAAGUUUAUGAACUUGUACAUUAAGCGCUCAAUGUUCGCGUGUAACCUUUGACAUCACGCGUUCAGAAAUUCCUAAUCGUCGGGCUGUUGAUUAGGGGAACCCUUACAUUUUUGUCCUGUAUACGCUCCAUGAGUGUUUUUCGGGGAAUCCAGUAUUUUUCUAGUAAGAUUGGAUAUCUCUACUUUCCAUGUACCAAAAUUACCAUACUUUUAUUGGAAAUAACCACCUGAUAAAUACUUUUCCGGGAACCCAUCUUUAAAGAGUAUCUAAAGCUAAAUGUUAUUGAAAAGUUAAGUUUUUCUAUCAUAUUCAAGUAUGCUAUUCUUUCUGUAUUCCAU